GCUGCUGUGACGUCACGGGCAAACUCAGCUGGGCGAUCAGUAAACAAACAUACUGAAACAUCUUCAUCACAAUCAUCACCAUUAUCACAGAGUGUCUGUUGUCAUCCGGCUGCAACAGGCUUCUUUAACUCGUCCGAUCAUUCCCGCAGCAGUGUGGGACGUCACACAAAAAUGUGAGCAGGUUCACUUUCUGUUUGCAUUUUUAUAUCAAGAUGGCUGAUGACUUGGUCUCCUGCACGGCUGGAGCACGAGGAGCCGUUCACUCCACUCAGCCCUGUGCCAAGCAGAAAUACCGCAGUAAUGCCCAUUCACAGGGACUGUUAGACGGGCUCCUGAUGCUGCGACAAGGAGGGAUUCUGUUUGAUGUGGUGCUCUUGGUAGAAGGAAAAGCUAUUCAGGCUCACCGCAUUCUCCUGGCGGCCUCAUGUGACUAUUUCAGGGGCAUGUUUGCCGGCGGUUUGCGGGAGAUGCAGCAAACUGAGAUCCCCGUCCAAGGAGUCACAUACACGGCGAUGACCAAACUGCUGGAUUUCAUCUACACCUCCGAGCUGGAGCUGGACCUGGACACGGUACAGGAAGUGCUGUGUGCGGCCACUCUGCUGCAGGUCCAAGAUGUGAUCGGCUUCUGCUGCGACUUCCUGUUCUCCUGGCUGGAUGAUGACAACAUCCUGGAGGUGGAAAAGCUAGCUGACAUCUACGGGCUCAACCAGCUUGGGGAAAAAAUUCGCUCAUAUCUGCUCAAGAACAUCCAGACCUUCUCACGUACACCAGUGUAUCGAAAGCUUCCUCCGGAAAAGAUCCUGAGUGUGCUUUCCAGCAACGAUCUGGAGGUGAACUCAGAGAACGAGGUGUAUGAAGCAGCCCUGCACUACCAUUACACUCCUGAACAGGUGGAGAAGGAUGGGGUUUGCUUACAGGAUCCGUUGCAGAUGUUGGAAGCAGUGCGGUUCUGUCUGAUGGAGAAGCAUGUGUUGCAGCGCUUGCACAGCCGGUUAAAGCAGUGUCCGCUGCGGGAUUCAGUGGCCGCUGCUCUGCGUUACCACAGUCAGGAGCUGUGGCAGCCGGUGAUGCAAACCCCACUCACUCAGCCUCGCUGCAGCUCCCAGUGCAUCGUGGGAUUCGGUGGCAUGUAUUCAUCUAGCGCACUGGUGGACAAUGAAGAGCGCUUCCAGGUGUUCCACCCCUCCUGGGGCGAGUGGCGUAGUCUGGCUGCAGAUCGCGCUCCUCGCAUGUCCAACAUGGGCAUCGCGGUGCUCAAUAACUUUGUGUACCUAAUUGGUGGAGACAAGAACACCAGCGGCUUCCGUGCUGAAUCUCGAUGCUGGCGUCACGCCGGCGCAGUGAUUGAUGGGAAGAUCUACAUAGCAUGUGGUCGGCGGGGAAUGGCUUAUCUGAAGGAGAGCUACUGUUACGAUCCCAGCGGCAAUCACUGGAGCUUGUGUGCAGAGGGCCCGGUGGAGCGCGCCUGGCACAGCAUGGCAGCACUUAACGGCCGCGCUUAUGUCAUUGGAGGCAGCAACGAUGGUUGCGGUUACCGGCGAGACGUCCUCAAGGUGGCGUGCUAUAACCCAAUAGCAGAUGUGUGGUCUGUGGUGAGUCCGUUGCCUGCUGGACAUGGGGAGCCAGGCAUGGCCGUACUGGAUGGAUGCAUCUACAUCCUGGGUGGAAGAUCGCAUGAUAAGGGCAGUCGAAUGAAGUAUGUUCACAUUUAUAAUGCGGAGGAGGACCGAUGGGAGAGCGGGACAGCCCUCGAGGACCGUGUAUCUGGGCUUUCAGCAUGUGUCCUGCUUUUGCCACGAGCAGCCAUGGCUCAGGCACGCAGCUGGGAGCAAAGGGCUAAAGCAUCAUGGGAAGAGGUGGACUGGGAUGACUCGGACAACUCAAGCGAGGACUGAAGGUGUUAGCGCUGCUCAGGUGGGGCGUAAAAUUGUACUUUAUUAAAUUGGGGACUUGUAUGAAAUUCCAUAAUUCUUUACUAGAUUGAGUUCUGGUGGCAAUUUCAAAUUU